UACUGGAUCAUAACGAUGAACAGCACCAUUCCCAGGGAUCCAUUUAAUGAUGCAUUCAUAAAGAACUUCAUCAGUGUAGCGCUGGGUUUAAUCAUCAACUAUAUAAAUGGAACUUUUGUGCUUGUUUUCUUAAAAAAUGAUAUUUUCCAUAGAGAGCCCAGAUAUAUUUUAUACAUUCAUUUGGUUAUUAAUGACAUGAUCAUGCUGUCCGUUUCUGUGAGCUUACAAGUAGCCACAUAUACUGUGCGUUUCUUCAAUGUUUCAGUUUGUUGUUUUGUGUUGUUUUUAGCUAAUACAGUCGCCAAAAACACUCUUCUAAAUCUGGCCUGUAUGUCCAUCGAGCGUUAUAUCGCCAUAUGUAAGCCGCUGCAUCACUCGCAAGUAUGUACGGUCCGCAGAACCUACAUCCUAAUCUGUUUUAUAUGGACUAUGUCGACAGCACCGUCUUUAAGUGAUAUUUUCAUUAUGGCAUCAGUUCGACCUGUGACCUUUUUCUCAACCACCAUUUAUUGUGUCAAGUUAUACAUUUACAACACUUGGCAACAUGAUGUCAAAGACAUUGUAGUGAAUGUUGUGUAUUUAUCAUUUGUAUGGAUUACGCUGAUUGUCACCUAUAUCAAGGUUCUUUUGGCUGCAAACGCAGCAGUCUCGGAUCAGACAUCUGCAAAAAAGUCCCGAAACACGAUACUGCUGCAUGGUAUUCAACUUCUGCUCUGUAUGCUAUCGUACGUCACGCCGCUAAUGAUUACAAAACUUGUGGAACUUUAUCCUCAGAGUCAAACAACUAUUCUGUACAUUCAAUUUUUGUUGGCAAAUAUUCUGCCAAGGUUAUUGAUUCCACUCAUCUAUGGGGUGAGAGAUAAACAAUUUGCUCAGCGCAUCCGGUUGUACUUUUGUUGUAAAUGAGGCAGGGCACAGACAAU